CGUUGAUGUAACCCUUACUAUAAAACCCUAAGCGAAGUACAGACGGAGAGUAAGAAGAUAAAAAGAGCGAUCAAUACCGCAAACCACAUCCUUAGCCGCAGAAGAUAAAAGAUCGGAUUUCAGUUUGAAUCCAGAGAUUUCAUUACAAACAUGGCUGAAGAAGAAAAUCGGAAUGAAGUGAAGGAGGUGGGGAAGGACGACGCUGCGGAUAUUGCACCAUUCGACCCUACAAAAAAGAAGAAAAAAAAGAAGGUUUUAAUUCAAGAUCCCGCAGAUGAUUCUGUGGAAAAUUUGGCUGAGAAAACUGAAAGUCUAUCAGUUUCUGAAGGUCUUGAGACUACCUUUUCCGGUCUGAAAAAGAAGAAGAAGAAACCGGUGCAUACUGAUCUCUUGACUGAUGAGAAGGAAAAUGAAGUCAAUGACUUUGAUGGUAAUGAUCACAUGGGAGAGGAUGAAGAAGGAGAAGGAAUUGUCUUGCAACAGCAGUUUCCAUGGGAAGGGAGUGACCGGGAUUAUGAAUAUGAGGAGCUUUUAGGCCGAGUAUUCAAUAUUCUUCGUGAGAAUAAUCCGGAGCUUGCAGGAGAUAGGCGUAGGACAGUUAUGAGGCCUCCACAAGUUCUUCGUGAAGGCACAAAGAAAACUGUAUUUGUGAAUUUUAUGGAUCUCUGCAAGACGAUGCAUAGGCAGCCAGAGCAUGUUAUGACUUUCUUGCUGGCUGAAAUGGGGACAAGCGGAUCACUUGAUGGACAGCAAAGGCUAGUUAUCAAGGGAAGAUUUGCUCCAAAAAAUUUUGAAGGGAUCCUGCGGCGAUAUGUUAAUGAGUAUGUCAUUUGUAAUGGUUGCAAAAGUCCAGAUACAAUACUUUCGAAGGAAAACCGUCUCUUCUUUCUCAGAUGCGAGAAGUGUGGUUCUGGUCGAUCUGUUGCUCCCAUCAAGGCUGGUUUUGUAGCUCGUGUUGGCCGUCGGAAGGCUGGAACAUGAUCUGUCCUGUUAUAUUUCUUCGUUUGGGAAGUUUUGGUCCUGAGUUCCUGACCUCAUUUUACUCUUUUUUUCUUCUUCCAUAAAUGAUCCAUAUCCAUUAUGUCUUUCAUGCUGAAUAUUAGUAGUUGUCUUGUAGCCAAUUAUGGAUAUGGAAACUUGGUGGCUUUUAGCUAUGGAGCCUUCGGACAUAGAAUGUUGUGGAUAAUGAGCUUCUUUCACGGAUGUAUACAAUUGUGUUUGUUGAAAACUGCUGUGAUUGCAUUGUUUUUUUAUUUGGUCUUUGUUUCUGAAUAGUAUUCGGAGGGCAUAUAAUUACUUUGGCAAGGUCUUGGUGCCUGUG